AUGUUUAGUUUCUUAUACAAACGACGGGAUCAUGGUAAAUUUUUCUUGCAACCUGGUAAUGGCGAAUAUGGUGAGAUUCGAAUUAUUGUAACUACACAGUAUCGACCAACAACGAACUUUCCCUCAAUUAUAAAGUACAAGUAUUUGUUUGACCCCAUGCCGAUUAAUGAAUCUGUAAAUCUAUUGAAUAAAGUUAGCAAUAUACAGAACGAUGACAAGAAUGCUAGUCGCCUUGCAGAGGCGUUGGGUGGACUGCCAAAAUCACUUGCUGAUGCUGCAUGUUAUAUUCAAGCCGACAGACGAUUCAACUCUACUUAUUAUUUCUACUUAAAGCAGUUAGAAUUGAACCAGAAGAAAUAUGAGAACGACGUAAAUUUCACUUGGGCUAAAGGUGUAGAGGAAGGUUUGAGUUAUAAUUUGACAACAUAUACUGCAUCAAUCAUGCUAAUUCAGCAACAUAUCAGCAAUGGCAGUUCGGAUGAUCAUUUUUACUUAGAUCUUGCAUGCUUUGUUGGAUACUGUGGUUCUUCUGUUAUUUCAAUUAAAUUUCUUGAAAACUAUGUUGGGCUUAAUGACGAUUUGAAAGAUUACACAGAAACACAAAUAAAGAUAUUAGUACGACAGACCUCGAUAUAUACGAAGUGA